GCACACGGGCCGUGAAUUUAUUUCACUCAGUUGCGAUGAAAAACAACAAUGAUAAAAGAUACAACAGCAGCAGUUAUCAGCAGUACGCCUCAUUACUGUUACUACUAGGAAUAUGCUCAUUUGAGGUGAGUCACGUCAAGUUUGUUAAACGCUUUAAAAAAAGAAAGCGUACUAAGUGUUACUAGUGUUAGAGUUUGUGAGGGUGUUGACACUUAAGAAAAUAAAUUCGAAGAAAUCUGCGCCACUGCCCCAACCUCCAGCAAACGAAAUGCAUAUCUUGCACUCGUCCGUCCACUACUAGGAUAUGGUGUAUCAUUUGGGACCCAUACCUAAAGCAAGACGUGGACAAGAUGGAGCGAAUCCAAAGUAACGCAGUGCGCUUUAUCGAGCGUGAAUAAAAAAUCCACCACUCCUGGCUUCGUCACUGGCCGCUUAAAAAGAUUCGACAUCCCUUUCCUUACAGACAGACGAGGAAAGCUCCGCCUGAUAUCCUUAUAUAAAGUGGUCAUGGGGCUAGUGCCGGCCAUCCCAGCAAACACAUAUCACACCCCACAUAAGCCGGGAUAGAUAGAUGGAUGGAUCGUUGGAUGGUUGGGUGUAUGGAUGGAUGGAUAAAUGGAUGAAUGGAUGGAUAGACGGAUAGAUGGAUAGAUGGAUAGAUAGCUAAACGCUCACUGAACAUCGAUUUCACCUCUUGAAACCCCAUAAGCAAUUACACUCGGAGCAAUAGUAAAUGCUUCACUCUGCCUCGGUGUUCACAGUGCAGUAUAAACAAUCAUUCUUCGCAUGCACAAGAAUGGCUUGGAACUACCUGGACAGUGCCACCGUAGACUCGACAUCGAUCGAAAGCUUUAAGGCUGCCGUGGCAUCUGCUGGAAGCUGUUAGAUUAGCAAGAUCGCUUCCCCAACCGUUGCAUAUGUGCCAGUAUAUGGAUGCAGCAACGAACACUACCUGUACCAGAACCAGAAUAACAGAUUUUCCCUUUUUAAUUGAUGUGUAGUCUUUGAAUGUGUAGUGCGUGACUAGGUCAACGGCGAAUACGCCAUUUCUGUAACAUUUCGGUCGGUGAUUUACUGCUUUUAUACCUACAAUGCUUCAAACAUAUUUUUUAAUUGAUACGUUUUCGGAUUGAGGGGUACUUUUGUGCUGCAUGAUCGUUCUAGUAUGCGUCUGUUUUCUAACUCACUUUUACUAAAUUACUUGACAUAUUGUUUCCUACUGGGAUGUUGUCUCACUGUUUAAAAUACUUAAGGGAUUUUUAAAUGCUCUCGAGGAAUUUGAUUAGAUAAUUUUCAUUUUUUUGGGGUAGUGGGACUAUUUCAUGUGCUUACUUCCCCUAGUGUCAAAACAUGGCUACGCCACUGACCUGUGGUGGGUGCCGCCUACGAAUGACUCUGGAAGUGACUAGAUAAAUAUUGUUUAACGCAGUAGAAGUGAUUAGUCUUGUUUCCCAGAAUGUGUGACUAGUCUGGUAGCCCAGAAUGUGUGAAUUUUCUGGUAGCCCAGAAUGUUUGAAUUGUCUGGUAGUCCAGAAUGUGUGACCUGUCUGGUAGCCCAGAAUGUGUGACUAGUCUGGUAGCCCAGAAUGUGUGACUAAUCUGGUAGCCCAGAAUGUGUGACUAGUCUGGUAGCCCAGAAUGUGUGACUAUAAGAGUGGUAGCCCAGAAUGUGUGACUAUAGCGUGGCAGCCCAGAAUGUGUGACUAUAGCGUGGCAGCCCAGAAUGUGUGACUAUAGCAUUGUAGCCGAAAAUGUGUGACUAGUCUGGUAGCCAAGAAGUUUUGACUAGUCUGGUAGCCCAGAAUGUGGGACUAGUUCAGUAGCCUAGAAAAAAAAAUGACUAGGCGGAGAUGUCGUUCUCCGCUCAACUGUGAAAAAUGUCAGUCACAGAAAUUACGCUUUUAAAAUGUCUGACCCAUGUCAACUGUUAGUCUUUAAUACAAUGAGUUAUGUAACAAUGAUUUUAAGCUCAUAAUGUUGUGGUGAACUUAUGCGGCGGAUGGCAAUCUUUCUUUCUUUUUUUUUUUUUUUUUUUGAAAAGCCACUCUUACAUUUUAUCUACAAAUUAGAUAUUAAGGGUGGGAGGGGGUAACAUGCAGGAGAGGAUUGUAACUGUCUUCUAGAGACCCUAGUAGAUCCAUAAAUGUCUGACCCAUGUCAACUGUUAGUCUUUAAUACAAUGAGUUAUGUAACAAUGAUUUUAAGCUCAUAAUGUUGUGGUGAACUUAUGCGGCGGAUGGCAAUCUUUCUUUCUUUUUUUUUUUGUUUGAAAAGCCACUCUUACAUUUUAUCUACAAAAUAGAUAUUAAUGGUGGGAGGGGGUAACAUGCAGGAGAGGAUUGUAACUGUCUUCUAGAGACCCUAGUAGAUCCAAUGCCACGGGUUGUCGAUGACUGAUCUUUUGGGUUAACAUGUUUUGUUCUGUCCCCUUUUUAUGUAAUAGCGUAGUGACGCCGUUGGGCUAAACUUUGACACAGUUCUGGCUGAUAUUUACAGAUAACUUCCGAUUAAUCAUGCGAUAGAUGAACAAUGACCGUUAUCAUUUAAAAUCGAUAAGUGAUAUAAAGACAUAUCAUACGCGUCUGAGACAAGGCUUAAAAAGGUUGGUUUAAAAAAACUAUCUACUAGUAUUUUGUAGGCAAUAAAUAUAGUAAAGCUUUAAUAUAUAUAUAUAUAUAUUUAUGACAAUGAAGAGCUUCAUUCCCGUUUGUUAAGGGUAAUGUGAUUAUUUCCCUGUAAAUCCUCUGAGCUUUUUCCUACAAUUUUUCCAUUAAAUGUAUUUUUGUGUGUGUUUGUGGGGGCUCGGGGAACUACCUGUACCUCUUUCACAAGUGCAUUUUCUCAGAAGCCUAAACACAGAAUUAUAAUUUUCUUAUUUUUAAAUUAUUAUUAAUGAACGACUCUGAAUGAGUCUUAUCGCAUGGGGUUGUCUGGUGUGACUCGCUCAAUGAUUGAAACAUUUCACGUUCACGCACAAUUCAUAACGGAUGCCGAGUUUGGAAGUGUUAUAAUAUAAACAAAGAAUGUAACUUAAAUAAAGAGUUUAUUUCUGAUGUUGUUUCCACUUAACAGGCUGACAGAGUUGAAAAAAUGGCUACUUCUGCUGCAGACAACACUGAACGUGUCAAGAGCGCACUUGCCCUUGCCAGCACCGGCGAUGUCCAAGGACUAGUGAAAAGAUUGGACAGGCUCGGCGUGGACAUAAAUCGCAUUUACACGGAUAGGAAGACGCUGCUCAUGAAAGCCGUCGAGAAAGGGGACCAGAAAGCCACAAAGACCAUCCUCGCAGCCGCUUGCGACGUCGACGUUCAAAACUCGGACGGCGAGACGGCAGCCAUGAUCGCAGUUCGUUCCCGCAGGUUGGAUUGUCUGAAGGUCCUCAUCGAACACGGGACCAAUCUGGAACUCACCAACGGUCUAGGGGAGACGGCGGCUAUGAUCGCUGAAAAGAACAACCAAAAGAACUGUCUAGCUCUUCUCACGGAGGUCGGUGGAGCCAAAGGCUGCCCCAAUGUUGAACUGUUGUACCCGAAAGCGAUGAAAAUCGGCGUCCCGUUUAACACUGAUUUAACCUGGGAUACCCUGACCCUUGAGGAGUGUCAUGGGAUUGAACGGAUGACAAGGAAUAAAGACCAGGCGGCAACAAGACUCAGCCACACGAGUAAGAGAAUCACGUGUUCAAUAUUUGGGGACGCCUACUACUAUGAAAACAACGAGACCCGAAGAGAAAUCAGGGAGAUCUUUCAAGACAGGAGUAACCCGACCGAACCUUGGACCCGCUAUAAUCUGAACACGCUACCGGUGGCACGAGAUCGGUACACACGAACCACCAAGCAUCACGUCCACGAUAUUGGGAUUGUGAUCCAUCCUCAGGUUCCGUUUCUGUGUGCCGCGCCUGCAGGGAAGGUCUGCUCAUACCCAGAUGCCGAGACCGGCAUACUCCAGAUAGUGUGUCCUUACGCCAUCAGGGACAUGACGGUUUCGGACGCGUGCAGGAGAGACACGUUCUGCUUGUUGAAGACCGGACCCAAGGAAUUUGCGCUGAAGAAGGGACACAAGUUUUACUACACGGUACAGGGUCAGCUGAUGCUCACCGGGGCCUCGUUUUGUGACUUCGUUGUGUACACGACCAGGGAUAUGGAGAUCAUAAGAAUUAAACCCGACAGGCAGGUGCAGAAAAGACUUCUUCCCAAAUUGGUGGAGUUCUACUUCAAGCACGGUGUUAAUCAUCUAAAAAAACUCUAAACCUAUAAUAACUAUCAGAGUUAAUCAUCUAAAAUAACUCUAAACCUAUAAUAACUAUCAGAGUUAAUCAUUUCGAAAACUCUAAACCUAUAAUCACUAUCGGUGUUGAUCAUCUAAAACCCUCUAAAACCUAUAAUUUCUUUUUGAAGAGUAAAAAAAAAAAUAAUUCAUAAUCUUUGACCUGGAGUCAUGAAUGUCCCACACUGAUAGGCUCAAAAAUUGUUUUGUUCUAUAUUUUUU